CACUGCUGGAAUAACCGCAUGCGGCAUCGCUGAGAUUUUGUUUUGGUAAAACGUAAAACGUGAAUGUCAAACGAGUUGUGCGGAGUACUUUUGUCACCCGAGGAAAAACAAAUCCAAACUUUAUCGGUUCCGUUACAGCAAUUUAUUUCCCCAAAAUUGGUGACGGUGCCACAACCGUCCCGCAAAAAACACUUCGUCAGAAUUUAAAUUUCGUUUACGUAACACAUCGAUCAUCGAUCAUCUGCUGAAUUUCAUCAUUUCGGGCAGAUUUUGCACCACAGGAUAUACAACAGCACAAUGAGUUCGGUCAUUCUCACCGGUCUCGGUCUAGCCGCAAUCGGUUUCGGCGGACGAUACGUAAUGCGAACGAUGCCACAAAUGUCUCAGAAAGUUGCCGAAGCAAUGAAGUCCCUACCAAAAUUCGAUGCUGAAUCAAUGGCCUCGUCCAAGUACUAUAAGGGAGGAUUCGACCAGAAAAUGAACAAACGAGAGGCGGCGUUGAUUUUGGGUGUCAGUCCGUCAGCGUCGAAGGGCAAGGUGAAAGACGCUCACAAAAAGGUCAUGCUGCUGAAUCAUCCCGAUCGGGGAGGAUCACCGUACCUUGCAUCGAAAAUCAAUGAAGCCAAGGACUUUAUGGAUAAUGCGAAAUGAUUGGAUGCCGUUGAAUGGCUAUGUAAAUAUGUUUCAGUGGAAAGCGCUCGAUGAAGGUCGCAAUAAAUUAGUGAUUUUGUUCAAUUGUA